AUGGAAGACGCCAGAUUCUCUGGAAAAGCAAUGUGGAACAUCAUCGCCCUCAUCAUCGAAUCCCAUUACACAGUCCUACUUCUCUCGUCUCAUUUCACAAUGAAGGCCGCUGCCAUUGUUGCAUUUUUGUAUCUCGCUCCUCUGGGUGUUUCGGCCUGGAUGUGCAACUGUUACAAGAAGAGCGUCCCCGAUCUGCACGCUGCCUACCACUUUUGCAAGCCCGGCUCUGGCCAUAAAUACUGCGUGAACAAGGCGACCAACGUCCAGGCGUGCAUCAUGGGCACGCCUAUCACCCAAGCGAACUGCGCCUCGAGCUACGGUAGUGACUGGGUUGCGGAGUGUGAACACUACACUGGCGGGUGCCCUCCUGGUAUGACUGAGCAGUAA